GAUCACAACACCGUCAUCCGCUGUCUUCAUUUUCAUGUCAAUCUGCAAAUUUUUCUGCGUGUAAAUCCUCCGGUUCUUUCUAAAUCACUGUCACUCCUCUCUUCCUCUUACAAAUCAUGCCCAAAUCCUGCCCACUCACCACCCUGCAUUCCCUACAUAUCCCAAUGGAGGUCCAAUCACCCGCCGGCGGCCAUGUUGCUCCACGCUCUUGCUUGGCCAUCUUACGCUGUCCGCCGAAGCCUCUCAUUUUUCUCAUCGCCGUUUUCUCUGUUACUAUAAUCUUCUUCUCCGCCGCCCCGAUCCUGCUCAAUGAGGGCAAUGCAAAUCAAUGGAGCGGCAAUGCUCCGGUUGUCGUUGUCGCCGUCGAUCCGGUCGACUCCGUCGAUCUGGAAAAUGAGGAAGUGAGAUUAGCGCGGGUUUUAAAGGAGGCUUCCAUGGAAGAUAAAACAGUAUUAUUGACCACUUUGAAUGCUGCAUGGGUCUCAACAUACUCUAUCAUUGAUUUGUUCCUUGAGAGUUUCCAGAUUGGCAAUGGCACUCGUUGGCUGCUUGAUCACUUGGUGAUUAUUGCAUUUGACAAAAAAGCAUAUCGUCAGUGUAUGGUUAUCCACUCCCAUUGCUUUGCCCUUACAACCAUGGGAAUUGAUUUUUCUGGCGAAAAGAACUUUAUGUCGGAUGGAUACUUGAAGAUGAUGUGGAGGAGGAUCGAUUUCUUGAGGAUAGUUCUUGAGAUGGGAUACAACUUCAUUUUCACG